GCAUGGUCUGGGGACCACCAUGGGGCCGGACAGAGUGACCGCCCGUGAACUGUGUGAGAAUGACGACCUGGCCACCAGCCUUGUCCUGGACCCCUACCUCGGCUUCCGCACCCAUAAGAUGAACGUCAGCCCCGUGCCCCCCCUGCGGCGACGGCACCACCUGCGCUCAGCGCUGGAGGCUUUCCUGAAGCAGCGUGACCUGGAGGCUGCAUACCGGGCCCUGACGCUGGGAGGCUGGAUGGACCACUACUUCCAGAGCCGGGGCCCGCGGCAGGAGGCUGCCCUCAAGACCCACAUCUAUCGCUACCUCCGAGCCUUCCUGCCUGAGAGCGGCUUCACCAUCCUGCCCUGUACCCGCUACUCCAUGGAGACCAACGGGGCCAAGAUUGUGUCCACCCGCUCUUGGAAAAAGAACGAGAAGCUGGAGCUGCUGGUGGGGUGCAUCGCCGAGCUGCGGGAGGCCGACGAGGGCCUGCUGAGGGCUGGCGAGAACGACUUCAGCAUCAUGUACUCCACGCGCAAACGCAGCGCCCAGCUGUGGCUCGGCCCCGCCGCCUUCAUCAACCACGACUGCAGACCCAACUGUAAGUUUGUGCCGGCAGAAGGGAACGCGGCCUGCGUGAAGGUGCUGCGCGACAUUGAGCCAGGCGAUGAAGUGACGUGCUUCUACGGCGAGGGCUUCUUCGGGGAGAAGAACGAACACUGCGAGUGCCACACCUGCGAGAGGAAAGGAGAGGGGGCCUUCCGGCUGCGGCUGAGGCCCAAGGAGCUCAGGCCGGCCCCGCCCCAGGCCCCUGACAAGUAUGAACUCCGGGAGACCAAGCGGAGGCUGCAGCAAGGCCAGGAGGGCCGCGGCUGGCAAGGCUUAAGGGGGCUGCGUGCCUGCGCCCACCCAUCCCCGGGUCACCCGGACCUCUUCUGUGCCCUCUGCCAGCCCUUGCCUGGUCACCCUGACGCCGUCACGCCCAUGUGGUUCCAGUGGCUGCUGCAGCCCUUGUCCCAGCCACGCGCCCGGAAACGCCGCCGUCGCCGGCCUCGGCGGGCCCCCGCGCCCCCUAACCUGCCCGCUGUCCGCAUCGCCCUGCACCCUUGGGGAGGCUGUGGGUCUGGCUGCCGCCUGCGGGCUGAGGCUCGCGUGGCCCUGGGCCGCCUGCCCCCCGCACGCUGGACCCAGCAGCAGGACUGGCACUGGGCCCGCCGCUAUGGGCUGCCUCACGUGGUGCGCGUGGACAUCAGCCGGCUGGCCCCUGCUGCCCCGGCCACCCCUGCCAGCAGCCUGGGCCCCAACCCUGUCCCCAAGCAGGCCCUGGCCUUCACCCCCUUCUCCCCACCCAAGCGCCUGCGCCUGGUAGUCAGCCACGGCUCCAUCGACCUGGACGUCAACGGCGAUGAGCCCUGACAGCAUGGUGCCUAGGGGAUAGAAGCGGCCCCCUCCGCGUCCUCGUGGGGACAAACUGAUCUCAAGGAGGAGCCUCGAGCCUCUGGAAAGGUGCUGACCGCUGACCCAUCCUGACAGGGCCCGGGCCAGCUCGGGCAACCCCGGAGAGCUGACUCCUGACCCUGUGACUGCUGAUCCCUGAGCCACGCCCAGCCCGGCAGGAAGCCCUGGUCCUUGCUGCCCCCACCCGCCUCAGGACCCAGGGGUUGCCCCACCCAGGGAGUAAAGCCAUAGGGGGCACCCCCAGAAGGCCUCAGGAGGUGGAGCCUGUGCCGGGGUAGGGGCUCCCUAGUCGCAGACGCCCAGGGGCCACUGGGUGGAUGCCCCAUCCUGCAACUGUCUUGAAGGCAGGCCUGGGGGGGCGGCCUCGCCUGUAUCACGGUGCUACCCCUCAUGCUACUGGGGGGCAGAGCCCACCCCCACACCAGCGCAGCCCGCCCAGGAUUAGAAGCACUUGAACUUUUUAUUAAAUCCUUGUUUUAAGCA